UUUCAAUGUAUUUUCAGUGCAAAUUUCAUUUUCAAUGCAUUUUCGGGGUGAAAAUCUUUUUCAAUGCGUUUUAAUUUAGAAUAUCAUUUGAGUGGCGUUUGCAUUGAAAAGCUUAUUUGCAUUGCUUUUGUGAAUCUUAUUUGCGUUGCGAAUUUAAUUUGCUUUGUGUUUGCUGGCAAAUUUAAUUUGCGUUGAAAUGCUUGAAUGUGGCUCUAAUCUAAUUCUGCUUUACUUCCCAGAAUUCCUUGCUGGAAAUCCGGCACUUGUUCAGGAAAAUGAACUGGACCUCAAUUACACAAAGAACAGAACAAAGACGUUACUGGUGUAGCACUACGUCCAGUCAGAAUCCUGAAAGAUGGCAGAGCAAGGGGGGUUUGGAAGUGCAACGCUUCCCAAUGAGUCAAUUUCUAAACUACUUCAGGAAGAUCUUCAACCUUGCAUCAAGCCUGGCCUGGGACACGGGAAGUGACUUUUUGGAGUCCGAUUCGCCGUCCAUGAUGAGCAGCAGACUACAUGGACAGCAAGAGCACAAAGGAAGCAUCAUUUCUGAGGUGAGUCGGAAAUGGAAGCUUUUCCAUUUCCAACUCACUCAAGUUAAUCUCAUCCGUGGUGCGGUUUAUCCUCUGAGGAAGAGGGGGUGGAAUCGGGUGCCACCCCCCAGUGCAUCAGACCGGGCCAAGGGCCCGGGAAGUGACUUUUCGGCGUCCGAUUUGGCGUCCAUGAUGAGCAGCACAUUUCGUGGACGGCAAGAGCGGGAGGACAGCAACGUUCCAGCAGUUCAACAUUUGGAAGAAUCUAUCCCCAACUUGCAGCCCCUUUCUGGUAAGCGGCGGACUGCCAGGACACGGAGAUGGCCGCAGGCUAGAUGGGCAUACCGCCCAGUCCCACUACUGCCUACCCAGGCGUUGGAGGCCUGCACGGCGAUGGACAAGGGGCGGGCCCACGUCUACAAACGGAUGAAUGGAGCACUCCGGGUGAGGCUUGAGAUGUCGCCAGAGACUUGUUGUCGGCGGUUUUCGCUCUGUUGGGGUCCCAUCCGGGGAGAGGCCGGCGGGACGUGUAGCCGACUGAGGGGCCUUUGCCGUUGCUGGAUCCGACCAGAGUGA